AGCGAUACGGACUGACUCUUUCGCUGCACUCAGGUCGGUCGUCCUACAUGACCCGUCCGGCUUAAAGGCCACCUCCCGCCAACUUUCCUUCCGUAGCGGCUCCCCGUCCUCCAUCUCCCCUGCAUCUGGCCGUUACCAUUGCGCAUAAUGAACCCCUCAGAUCCUGCCGAAGUGGCAGAGAUUGCAAAAUCUGCUGCCUUUUCCCAUGAUGCUCAUCGUGACGAGAAGAAUGAUCGCAUAUCAGCAGAGCUGCGACAGACCAGCUCGCCUGAGAUUGAGGAGGUUCACGCAACCACCGAGAAGGGCGUGGGGAGCUCGUCGGUCCCCUAUGAAGACGACGCGGCUUUACAAAAGAUCCUCCCUACCUAUGAUGAACUGAAGACCCUCCGUCGAGUGGCUGGCAAGAUACCUUGGACGGCCUACACAGUGGCUUUUGUUGAGUUGUGCGAACGGUUCUCUUACUAUGGAACAACUGCCGUUUUCGUUAACUUCAUUCAGCGUCCUCUUCCUGCGGGCUCCUCUGCCGGUGCGACUCAUGGCCGUGAUAACUUGGUCCCUGGUGCCCUUGGAAUGGGCCAGCAAGCAUCCACCGGCUUGACCUUGUUCAACUCCUUCUGGUCGUACAUAAUGCCCCUCAUGGGUGCCUUCAUGGCCGACCAGUACUGGGGUCGAUUCCGCACAAUCAUGUUCUCCAUCGCAGCCGCCUUGGUCGGACAUACCAUCCUCGUCAUAUCCGCCAUCCCACCGGUGAUUAAGAAUCCGCAUGGGGCAAUUGGUUGCUUUUCAAUCGGACUGAUAAUCAUGGGAAUCGGAACAGGUGGUUUCAAGUCUAACAUCUCACCAUUGAUCGCGGAGCAAUAUCGGGAGGAAAAGCCGUAUAUCAAGACCCUCGCUUCCGGAGAGCGCGUCAUCGUCGACCCUGCCGCCACCGUGGCGCGCAUCUACCUCUAUUUUUACCUGAUGAUCAAUAUCGGCUCCAUCCUGGGCCAGGUGAGUAUGGUAUACGCGGAGCGGUACGUCGGCUUCUGGCUCUCGUAUCUCCUUCCGACCAUCAUGUUCACAUUCUGUCCCACCGUCCUGUUCCUCUGCCGCAACAAGUACUACCUAGUCAAGCCGACUGGGUCUGUGUAUAUCCAGGCAUUCCGACUGUGGAAACUGGCCAUGCAGGGGCGCUGGUCUCUGAAUCCUGCCAGGCUAUUCAAAAAGAACCCAGCCCCUUUCUGGGAACCAGUCAAGCCUAGCGCACUGGGGCCAAAUCGUCCUCAAUGGAUGACAUUCGACGACGAAUGGGUGGAUGAGGUUGCCCGUGGUCUAAAAGCCUGCAGAGUAUUCUUAUGGUACCCUCUAUACUGGCUUGCAUACAACCAAAUGCUCAACAACCUCACCUCCCAAGCCGCCACCAUGAAACUCGGCGGCGUCCCCAACGACAUCAUCAACAACCUCAACCCCCUCUCCCUGAUCAUCUUCAUCCCCAUCAUGGACCAACUCAUCUACCCCGGACUCCGAAAAAUCGGCAUCAAAUUCACCCCCCUCAAACGCAUCACCGCCGGCUUCUUCACCGCAGGCCUCUCCAUGAUCGCCGCCACCGUAACCCAAUACUACAUCUACCAGAAAGGCCAAUGCGGCAAACAAGCCAACUACUGCCUCGACGAAUACAACUCCCACUCCCCGAUCUCCGUCUGGGUCCAAGCCCUCGUCUACAUCCUCGGCGGUCUCUCCGAGAUCUUCGCCUCCGUGACCUCCCUCGAAUACGCCUUUACCAAAGCCCCCCGCAACAUGCGCUCGCUGGUCCAGGCCGUCGCGCUCUUCAUGAAUGCCUUUUCCUCUGCGAUCGGACAGGCCUUCGUGGGAUUAUCUAAUGACCCGCUCCUGGUUUGGAACUACGCCGUGAUCGCUAUUCUGGCCUUCGUCGGCGCAGGAGGUUUCUGGUUGACGAACUAUAAAUUAGAUCGUCAGGAAGAUGAACUGAAUCAUCUCCCGGAGAGCCAGUAUCAGGGUCGCUCGGCUGAUCAUGUCGAUGAGGAACAUAGGUAGGAUAGGGAUAGGGAGGCGUGAUGGGAGGAGUUAUCUGUCUAUGUAUCCAUCUGUAUCAUGCAGCCUACUAGCUGUACAGCCUUAAUACUUCCGUAGGAUGAGAAUUCAUGAAAUUGGGGGUUGUCCUUCCUGGGACAGGGUCCGGUUCGUAUUUUUCUCGACCUACUAAGCUUCAGCAUGUUCAUCUAUGUCUCUGUCCAUGCUUUCU